GUUUGGUCCAAUCUUGACAUAACACUGUCAGUUGUCUAUUUUAUAAAUAACAGCUUUGACAUCAUUUAAUUCAGUUUUUUGUGGAUUGCACUUUAAACCUCCUCUCUUGACAAUGGCUUCCUUCUGCAACCCUAACAUGUUAGAGUUGGCUUCUCUUCUUUCUCUUUCUGUGUCUCUUCACGCUGUCACUGCUUCAGAGCGUGCCGUGUCUCCUGCUUCUCUUCACCUCUGUUUACUGGAAAGUUCCUCUCCUCUCCUGGCUUCUGAGGCCUUUUUUCCAAAUUGCAGUGCCAGAAAGGACGCUGCUGUGAAAGCCACAGUGUCAUACUGAACUGGAUUCAAUGAGGGAGCCAGACCAGGAGGAGCAGCCUGAAGACAACAUGCCCCCCAAGUUUAAACGACACCUCAACGAUGACGAGGUCACCGGAUCGAUUCGCAGCGAGAGGAGGAACCUACUUGAAGAGGACUCUGAUGAGGAGGAAGACUUCUUUCUGAGAGGACCCACGGCACCCAGAUUUGGACCUCAGAAUGACAAGUUCAAGCAGGUGCAGUCGCAGGUUGACGAGGUGAUCGAUGUGAUGCAGGAGAACAUCUCCAAGGUGAUAGAGAGGGGCGAGCGGCUCGAGGACCUGCAGGACAAGUCAGAGAGCCUAUCGGACAACGCGUCGGCCUUCAGUAGCCGAGCCAAACACCUGCACAGGAGGAUGUGGUGGCGAGACAUGAAGAUGAAGCUGAUUAUUGCCUUGGUAGUCGUUGCUCUCCUGCUCAUAAUCAUCAUCCCAGUGAUCCUGCGAUAUCGCUAGUGUCUGAAGAGAAGGAUGGGGGAGAAUCCUCCUCUUCCUCUCCAUCUUUCAUCCCUCUCUUUUGCACACAGUCCUCCACUUCAGCUAGGGGGGGCGCCAAUCACCCUCCUCAGUGUCAGCCUGUGUACCCCCAAGGAUCUGACCUCAACUUGCCCUUAAUACCGAUCUUAUCAUUGGUAUUUCCACAUACAUCUGUUGUGAGAUCAGUACUAAGGCUUGGUUUGACCCUUGGUUUGACACUAAUCCACAGCAAGGGGACACAGGCCACUUGUGGGGAUAUUUGAGUGCAGUUUGGGAGUAAAUUACCCCUCUAGUCAAUGUGAAAGAGGGCUCCAUGCCAUGAAACAUAUCACAUGUAGGGCCCUGUCUUUGCCUUUGUAACAGGGAAACUCCUGGUCUUGCAUUAUUACACAAUAUAGAUAGACACUGUAAAGACAGGAAGUCCAUGCCAACGGUUUUCUUACUUUAGCUGCUCUGAAUCUGAACCUCAGAUGUCUAUCCACGUGCUCUUCUCUGUGCCGGAAGAUGAGAGCAUUUAUAGGGAACAUUUUGUGAGCACAAGCACAUUGCACCGUUCAACACGAGGAGAGGGAACAUCUGAGGUUCAUCUGCAUAGUUGGCUUCUUUUAAUCAUCAAAAAGAGUUUCUGACAGGAUAGUGGUUUCACCUAUAAGGUAUUUGUCAUUAUCAGUGCAGAGGACUUGAAAGAGGCCGAGAAAGAACAUCAUAUUUCUAAUUAUUCUGUUCCAUGAAUAGUUUAUUAUCUUCUACAGUCAAAGUAAAACACCCGGGUUAUGAAUGUCUCCUCUCUCAACAUCUCACCUUCCUCCUCUGGUCCGGUUUGGUCACAGCUGUCCUACUUUCCUGCUGGGGACAUCAAACCGUUUUCUCACUCUGCACAUGGUUCUCUUCGGUUUUAAUACUGUUUCUGUCUUUUCCCCUUAUUAUUGAAAGUUCUUCCCUGGACGCUCGAUGUGCUGCUUGUAUGGAUGCUGGUGUUCCUGUCGCCACUGAAUUUGACUCAUUGUAUUGUUCCAUUAUUUUUAAGCAGGAGUGAUUUAAUGGAUGCAAGUUAAAAGUCGAGCUGUGAAACAAACAUAGGUGUCAUUGUGUCUGGAUUAAUGAACUGUAUAAUACAUUGUCAUUUUAUUAUUUUGAAUGUAAUUUAUUUUAGCUGUAAAUAUUGGUAAUGAUGUACAAUACUCUGGCAUUGCAUUGGAAGACUGUGAUACGGACGCUCUGAAAUAAAGUGAUUUUAAAGGGCA